AUGAAGAGGCUUUCGGGAUCCAGACACAAUAAGUUUUCGCAGGCAAAUGUUGACUACCUCUGCCAGGAGGUGCAGCGGAUGGAGGAUUCCCAGAUGUUUUACCUCCACGCCUUUGUAGAGGCCCUGCGAGAGCUGGCGGAGGUCCUUAUUUGGAGUGACAAGAAUGCCGAGUCGGUCUUUGACAGCUUUUUGGAGCGUCGUAUGAUGGGUACGUUUGAGCGUAUUGUGACGAAUGCGGAAUUUCCCUCCGCUGUGAAGGUCCAGGUCAUACAAUGUAUCACCAUGAUGCUACAAAACCUGACGCGAAAGUCAUCGAUGUACUUUAUUUGCAGCAACAACCACCUUAAUAGGAUUAUAUCAAUCUUCAUCGAUGAAACCGAUGAUGAGCUCCUCUCAACUUACGUUUCCUUCCUGAAGUCUCUGGCACUCCGUUUAAACGGCGAUACAGUGCAAUUUUUUUUUGAGCGAGAAACACGUUCCUUUCCGCUUUUUGACAGGGCGUCAAAACUACUUGCUGCGCCGGAUCGCAUGGUACGUGCGGCUGCAAGGCAAGUUGUCAUUAGCGUUGCUCAGCUCCAUGAGCAAGCCAUUACGAUCUUUCUUGAAGACGCACUGCGGGAGGUAUUUAAGGUGAUCUCGACACUCUUGUGGUUGCAAAUACAAAACCUUGCGGAAGCAGUAGCGGAGUACGGCAAUGUGGAGCGUACUAGUGAGAGGUCUUUACAUCCCAUAGGUAUUUCUACUCUUAGUGACCGUUUGGAGGAUAUUGUGGACGAUUUGUUUUACAUUAACGAUCUCUUUGUUGUGCCACACACCUUUGUUCCUCCCUGCUUGGAGCAUGUCCUUGACGAGGUUGUCCUUACACCGUUAGUGAUGUUGCUCGAGAAUCCGCCCUGCAGCGUUUGUUGUUUUGCUAAACGCCCAUCUUUUUGCACAUGUGUUUCCGCUUCUGUUUCACUUUCCGUGCUCACCCGGUGGAUACCGUUAAAUAAAGCAGAACGACUUCAACGUCUCUUCAAAGUGAGGCUGAUAAAUUUUGCUGACCCCCGUGGCGCUGUGUUGGGACGUUUGCUGAAAAGUAAGUGCGCCGAUGUCCUUUCGGGGGCUGUCAUGCUUCUGAAUGCCGUGGUUCUUGCUGGACUCAUUGAAAAAGGGACCAGGGAUGAAGAAGAUGGAAUGACUGCUGACGGCAAUGAGGAAACCUCAAGGGAUGCGUCUGAGGAGAGGGGGGUGCCCGCAGUGACAGACAUGUUGAAUGGGAACUGGAGCAUUAGGCAACCACACAGCGAACCUCCUCCUUCUUUUCCACCUCCACUUCAACCGCGGUCAAUGGUCUCCUGUGAGGUAUUUGUGCGGUGUAUGUGCCAACGUGUGCGGCAAGGAGGGAUACGGCGGUGGUGCGAGGGCCUCAUAUCAGCUCUUUACCACCUCAUUACGAGCCCUGCGUGCACUCGUCUUUCCGUUUUUGACGUGGGCCUCCGUGUCCUUAUGGACUUUGCUCACGACAAGCGCGAAAGUUAUUUUCUGUUUAGGGGGCUUUUGCUCCUUUGUCACUCUGUCGUUGUGCGUCGGGCAGCGGCGUGCGCUGAAUCCUUGGCGUUGCAAAAAAAUGACGGCGUCACGCCCGCGCUGAAGUCUGCCGCACUAUGUAAUACGACCACAAUGACUAGUCCGAAUGCCACUGAUGCCGAAACCACCACAAGCAACGAUGAAAAGAGCAGUGGUCGGUGGUUGCGGUCGCCCCACGAACUUCUUUUUGUCAAACUUGAGCAUGUGGCUAGAGAAUUUAAUCCUUUUGGAGAGAAAUCACGUGUCAGCUUGAGUAAGGAGGCGAGUCUGUUGUUGCCACUCCUUCCCAGUCUUGAGUUUAUUAAGUCUGAGCGAGUGAAAGAAAACGAUAGCAAUCAGGUAACUCGCUGGGAAUUUGAACUUAACCACGCCCAAGAGUACGUUGCGAUGCAAAGGAGCGUCGCAGCGCUAGUUCCACCUCGACUUCGUGCCGCAUUUGAUCAUUUAGAGGAGGAAGAUAAUGAGUUCUGGAUGUGGUUAACCGUGCGUCAUCACACCCACCAAAUGAUGGGUAAGGAAGAUGGCUUUCUGCGUGCGCUCCGCAAGUAUGGUGUUCGCCACCAUACGGGGGAAACUGUGCGUCUCCCACAACGUGAUCGGGUGUAUUUUCGAUGUGAAUUUGUUAAGGGGCGCUUUUUGCUCGGCGCAUCAUCGCCAAAAGUAGCUACCGGCACACCGAUGUACAUGCUUCUGCGUGGCACUGAGGUUAUUUUUCUUGACGCGGGGGACACAGUGCGACGUACGGAUCGAGGAGUCAAGUUCCGUGUUAUGUUUGCCCUGCAGUUGAUAUACGUGCAGGCGCUGGUGUCGCAGCCUCCCUUUAGUGCAAUAGUCACCCAUGUGCAUCCUGCCUCCCCCCUUGAGCUACACGUUGUGUUUCGUCACCGAGGGGAAGCGGCAUCUGCUGUAGGCAUGGUGACGGAGCGUUCUUCUUUGUGCCGUUCUAGCGGUGCCGCACUCGUGUAUCGUGCACUCCAUCACGAUGGAUAUCUGCAUGUGGCUAACGCAAAAGCGUCGGAAGCAGAGAUGCAUUCUUCCAAGAAUGUGUGUCAAUCUUGA